GUUAAGUCGCUAAUCUCGCCGCUCCCUCGAGUCCCCCACAUGGAGUAUACGUUUUCGCUGUUAUUGCUUCUUGUUGUGACACUCGUGAUCCGUCGUCCGGAUGGUGUACGCGCUUGUUAUCUGGGCACUUAUGCCGAAUCACUUCCGCGAACGGUCAACUGGCCGUCAACCUCGACAUUCCUCGAACCUUGGCGUCAAAUUGUGCCGUUCUUGUUUCGCCCGCCCGAAUUUUUGGAUCGAUGGGCCAAAGCGGAUUUCGCCCUGCUCGAUGCCACCCUCUCUCUGCCUUGUUCCAUGCUCCAAUAUCAGCCGAAAGUCCUUUUGUUACCGGAAGCGUGGAUUGAAUUUUUGCCCGCCUUGGAGCACGGCGCUCGAAAUGCGGCCAAUCAAGCGCCCCGUCCAUAUUUUGAUAUGUGCGACUUGUUUGCCAGUUCCAACGUCAGCCGCAAUUCCGUUCCAGGAUGCCAAAACUGGGACGGCCUGGAAGCGUGGAAACGUUUGAGGAUCUUUUACGAUAUCCAGUCGCCCAUAAGCGCCUCCGAAGCCCCGACGGCCCAUCGCCUGCAGUGUGGUGAUAGUGGUAAUAUCAGUGCUAACGCGACGUGGGCCAUAAAAGUGUCGUCGAUGGUGAAACGAUGGAUGGCCGAGCGGUCACCUUGGAUCAGACCCAACGCCACUAUGCCUAUUGUGAUCGUUUCCAGGCAUCCGUCGCUUAUUAGUCGGCAACAUCAUUUACCCGCUGUCCAGGCUGAAUUGCAACUCACUUAUUGGAUGGACACUCGGUGCAUCAUUGCGUGGCCGAAGGACGACGGUGGAGGGGAAGACGCUACGACAUUGAAAGAAGCCCAAACGACGCCAUUUCUUCAUUUUGGCGACGCUAACAAUUUGCCACUGGGCCGCGGUAGCAACAACCCUUUGUGCCGUUUUCACCCGCGAUGUCUCGUGUGUUGCGGUCUCUACUGUGACUUUGAAGAUCAACAGUGCAGAUGGCAAUGGUCGCGGUUCGUCCGCCGGUCGGCAACAGAAAUCAACGCCACCAUCUACACGGCCCCCGAUCCCGCCAUGAUUAGCGGUCCACUAGACGACGCUGAUGGCAGACCUACAGGUCACUUCCUCUACGUGGCCGGAGCGCUGGACAACCCGAAGGCGAUCGAAUUGUCGUCGCCUUGGUACCAAGAAUCCGGCCCUUACUGCAAACUCUCUGUGGCUCUGCACAUGAACAACAUGGAGGACGGCAACUUGAAGAUUGUCGUCGAGACGCGCAAUCACACGUGGGUCAUUGUCGAAACGCUGGGCAAUGGCCUUCGGGAGUGGAGGACCUUGACUCAAAGCGUCGGAAGGAUCAGCCAACCUUUCCGACUCAAGUUGGAGUUUACCGAAGGCAAAAAGAUUCCCUCCCACGCUGCCGUCGAUAACAUACGCCUACUCUCUUGUCUCACAGAAAUCCCGCCCAACGGUCAUUGCGACUCGGCCAAACGAGCGUUCCGCUGCGAUGAUGGACGUUGUCUACCGCGUGACCAGGUCUGUGAUAUUAGCAAAGAUUGUCCAGGUGGCGAGGACGAAGACCAAGAUUGCGAUCAAGUGUUGGAGGGAUCGCGUUGUGAUUUCGAACGAGGAUGGUGCGGCUGGGUGAACACGCUGCGCGACGAUAUGGAUUGGAGGAGACACAACGGCUCGACGCCAACUCCGCAGACGGGCCCCGGUCACGACAACACGUACAAGAACAGCACGGGCAUGUACGUCUACGUCGACAUGUCUGAAACACGACAGCUGGGCAACGCGGCCGUCCUCCAGAGCACCCGAUUUCCACCUCCGCCGAAAUACCACAGCAACCCGGCAUCACCUUACUUUAAUUCAUGUCAGAUCCGCUUCUUUUAUCAUCUCUACGGGCCGCAUAUUGGAGAUCUGGUCGUCCGCGUCGUCGAGGAGGAUCCGCGUUACGGCCGCGAUAACAAAUCGACCGACAUUUGGCGCGAGUCGCGCAAUUUGGGCGACAUGUGGCACAGGGCCGCCGUCGCUCUUCCGCCCAUCAAAAACUGGUACACGAUCCAGUUCAUCGGCAAGAGAGGCAUCCGCUUUCGAGGCGACACGGCCAUUGACGACAUUUCACUCAGCCCCGAAUGUUCCGGCAUCGGUGUUCCAAAAAACGAGACUGCCGGUUGGCCACCGGAUCCUGCCCAUUACGACGAACCCAAGUUUAUUCGUUACGUAUUGACGAGUUGUGGAGCCAAGGGACGAAUCGGACCGCAUCAAAAUCAAUGUAGCAAUGCCUACCAGGACAGCGUGACUCAAGUACAGGUACUCAGUCAGGGCCGUCUGUCUGGCGUUCAAGUCUGGACGGCACCAGUUACUGGAUUGUAUACGUUCAUCGCAAAAGGAGCUAGUGGCGGCCUAGGACCUGGCGGUUCGAGUCCUUCCGGAUCGCCUGGUUUGGCCGGCUACGGUGCCCGCGUUCGGGCCGUUUUCCCUUUUACCGCUGGGACGCAAAUUUAUUUCCUGGUCGGCCAGGAAGGGACAGCUGCUGUCCGAGAAAAGCCUAAAGAUAGCCACAAUCGCAAUUCAACCGAGACGGGCAACAGUGGCUCGUCCAACGGCGAAACACGACGCGGCGGAGCAUUGGAACGAGUGCGCGGCUUACACAACGCCUCAAAUGGAGCGCAUGCAUCGGGCAACGGGGGCGGAGGAGGUGGCGCCACGUUCGUUUUUCAGAUGGAUAGUCAAGGCAUCCCAAUUCCGUUGAUGGUGGCGGCGGGCGGAGGUGGGAUUGCAGCCAUUGGGCGCUUUAGUCCCCGUCCGGCAGACUUGUCUUUAGUGCAUGGUAAAGGAUUUAACAGCUUUCUACCACGACCAGGCAUGUCAGGCCAAGGCAACUUUAAGGGCGCCGGCGGCGGGGGUGGCUGGAAUGGAAGCGCAGAGACGGAAGCUGUUGGAUUCUCCUUACUGGAAGGCGGUCUCGGAGGUUUGUCUUGCAACGCCAAAGCUGAAUGGCCUACGUACGGCGGCUUUGGCGGAGGCGGUGGCGGAUGCACUAACGGCGAAGGAGGCGGAGGUGGCGGUUACAAUGGCGGCAACGCUGUAGCCAAUUCGAGCGGAGAAGGUGGUUAUUCUUUCGUCUCUCUGCUGGCCAUCGAAAGGCUGACGGAGGUGGAAGAAGGUCAAAAUGCAGGACCGGGAUCGCUAGACGUCAUGCCAGCCAUUCCAGAAGGCUGCGGAUGCGAACAAUUAUGUAUUGUUCUCGAUCCAUCCCUGGAAGAGAAACAAUGCGUCUGCCCGAUAGCCUCUGCAGGCGAAUGGCCGGCAGAAGACAAUGUUACUAAAUGCGCCGGUUUCAACAGCGAAACUGGUUUAUUGGGUACUCCACAUCUGAUCGGUACGGUGGUGGCGGCCAUUUUGGUCUUUGUCAUUUUCAGCAUCAUCUGUUUCUGUUUGUAUACCCGAUACCAACGUCAACAAUUGGCCGCUUUACGUAGAAAAGCCAUGGCAGCACCAGAACUGCAACUGAGCCGAUUACGCGGACCUUCUUCUUCGAUGGUCUCUGAAUACAAUCCCAACUACGAGUUCGGCUCCGGAGCUCCUUGUUCCGUUCAGGGACUAAAGGAAAUCCCUCGUGAGAACUUGAGACUCGUCAGAGCUCUAGGGCAGGGAGCCUUUGGUGAAGUCUACCAGGGUUACUUGCGUCACGUCGCUGGGGAUUCGGUCGAGAUGCCCGUUGCCGUCAAGGUUUUACAGACCUUACCGGAGUUGUCAUCCAAUCAAACAGAAAUGGAUUUCCUAAUGGAAGCCAUCAUCAUGUCGAAAUUCCAUCACGCCAAUAUUGUUCACUUUAUUGGCAUUUGUUUCGAUAAACAUCCCAGAUUUAUCGUACUAGAGCUCCUCUCCGGUGGGGAUCUCAAAACCUUCCUACGCGAAUCCCGACCAAAACCGGAACGUCCUUCGACGUUGACCAUGAGGGAUUUGCUGAAAUGCGCACUAGACGUAGCUAAAGGAUGUCGUUACCUGGAAGAAAACCAUUUCAUCCAUCGAGAUAUCGCAGCUCGCAAUUGUUUAUUGACGACAAAAGGGCCCGGCCGAGUGGUGAAAAUCGCCGAUUUUGGCAUGUCCAGAGACAUCUACCGGGCGGACUACUACCGCAAAGGAGGCAAGGCCAUGCUGCCAGUGAAAUGGAUGCCUCCGGAAGCGUUUUUGGAAGGCGUUUUCACAUCCAAGACGGAUGUCUGGUCAUUCGGCGUCUUAUUGUGGGAAGUCAUGUCGUUGGGUUACAUGCCCUAUCCGGGUCGAGGUAACCAAGAAGUCAUGCAAUUGGUCACAAGUGGCGGACGGCUCGAAGCGCCGCCAGGUUGCCCUGGCCCCGUUUACCGGAUCAUGGUCCACUGUUGGCACACCAAUCCGGAAGAAAGACCAUCUUUUGUCACUGUCCUAGAACGUAUCGGCUACUGCAUGCAAGAUCCCGACGUCCUAGCUAUGCCUAUUCCCGUCUUCCAGAGGCCGCUCUCCCAAGAACGAGACACCACAAUUGUAAGACCGCCAGCAGGGGCGGAUACCAGCGAUUGCUUGCGGGUAUUGCGCCCUCGCACGAGUAGUGGCAACUUGCUAGCCGGAACAACGAUGACCGCUGGAGCCACUGGUCCGUCUUCAUCAACGAACACGAGCGAUUACUUGAUCCCAUUGACUAAUAAUAACCGAUCGUCCAGCGCGGAUUUGGUUAGUGAUUCAACCGGAAGCAUUGACGGUGCUAGACGUACAUCCGGGCCGGAACAAUGCGGCUACUGGGAAACGUCGUUCACUCGCGAAGGAGUCAAAGCCAUCGCUCGAGGUGAAGUUGUCCCGGACAGCAACGGAAGCGCUGGCAACCUGAGCUUAGGGGAUUUGAGAUCCGGCAGUACUAAGCGACGCUCCAAGGGUUACGCCACCGUUCCAACAUUUGAAGCGCCCAGUUUAAGCCAAUCGCAGUCGAGUCAGCCAUUGCUGGACACUCCUCCUGAUUCGCCAACGGCUACAGAUGACGGCCCCAACUCGUCGUCUCUAAACGGAAGGGCCGGCAACGGAGAUGUUCUUGGUCCUUUGGACGCCGCAACUUUAUGUCGCCAAUCUUACGCAAACGUCCGCAUUGUGAAUCCAGCUGCACCAACGGCAUCUAUUGGCAACAGCAAUAGCAGUACACCUUCACGCGCCACCCCGCCAACGAAAGCUGAACGCUCUGUCAAGCAAAAUGAAAUCAGCUGUUAAACGAAAAAAAAAAUGUUGGAUAAAUCGCAAAAAAAAAAAUAUUAUUAAUAUGAAAUUGGGUAAAUGAUAAUUCAAUUGUUAAUUACAGUAAGCUUCACUCGUCGUGAUAAAACAGAAGUGAAAGAAGAAAAAAAAAAGAAACGAUUUUUGAAAUCCUGUUGAAACUGCUCAUAAGCUGCAACCGGUGAUGUGGUUUUCUAGUUUCUUUCUUUCUUAAAUAUUCAGUUUCAUUUUUUAUUGUAAAUGAAAAGGAAGAAGAAAUUUUUUUUUUUUUUUUUUUUUUCUUUCUAGCAACAAAUUUCAAUUGAGAGCCAAGACGAUCUUGUUCGUUGAUUGUCACAGUUUCUUAUCCUGUUGAUCUUUCUUAAGAGGAAAGAUACAGUAGUCAGCCGGAAAAAGGAGGGUACGUUGGAGAAGGAAACGUUCCCACCUAUUUGCUGUUUUUAUCUCCAUCCGUCUCUUGUCUAAUACGGUCGGCAUUGUCCGGUUCACAUUUUUUUUUUUUUUAUUUGAUUUGAUUUAUUUUUUUUCUAGUCCAUUGUCUUAUCCGGCGAGGGACGGUCUCUAACCGAUUGGGUCUCUGAUUACCGUCACUUCCUUUUUAAGUUUUGUCUUUUAUUUUAAAGAUAGAAGGUCGUGACGUGUCUUGUUUCUGUUUUGUGUUUUCAUCCCAUGUCUGGGCCACGAAAUAGACGACCGUCAAAAACUUUCUCUCCACUAAGAAAAGAAAGAA